AGUGACAGCCGGCGCUAAUCAUGCCGUCAAGCUGCCCUCUAUCUGACGACCCACACCCACCGCCUCUCUCUCCUCCCCCACCACGCGGCGGCGGCAGCAGCAGCAGCUAGGGUUUAGAGAGCAGCCCCCAAUCCCAUGGCCCCGCCCUCCGACUCCGACGACUCGGCCCCGAUCCCCGCCGGCGCCAUCUCCAAGCUCCUCAUCGUCAUAGCGAUGCAGACGGAGGCGCUCCCGCUCGUCAACAAGUUCCACCUCGUCGAGGCGGAGGAAUCCAUAUUUCCUAAAGGUGCCCCAUGGAUUAGAUACCAUGGCAACUACAAAGGCCUUCACGUUGACCUUGUAUGGCCUGGAAAAGAUCCUGUUCUCGGAGUUGACUGUGUUGGCACGGUAUCAGCAGCACUUGUGACUUAUGCUUCUAUUCAGUCAUUGAAGCCAGAUCUGAUCAUCAAUGCUGGCACUGCUGGUGGGUUUAAGGCCAAAGGAGCAGACAUUGGAGAUGUCUACUUAGCAUCCGAUGUUGCAUUCCACGAUAGGAGAAUACCUAUCCCUGUCUUCGACAUGUAUGGAAUUGGAACACGAAAAACAUUUGCUACCCCUAAUAUAUUGAAGGAACUCAAUUUGAAGGUUGGGAAGCUCUCAACUGGCGAUUCUCUAGAUAUGUCUCCCCAUGACGAGUCAGCAAUAUUGAACAAUGAUGCUACAGUCAAGGAUAUGGAGGGAGCCGCGGUGGCAUAUGUUGCUGACAUGUUUUCAACACCGGCAAUCUUUGUGAAAGCUGUGACUGAUAUUGUUGAUGGGGAGAAACCAACAGCCGAGGAGUUUCUGCAGAACCUGGUUGCUGUGACAGCAGCUCUGGACAAGGCAGUUACAGAAGUGGUUGAUUUCAUCAGUGGGAAAUGCAUAUCGGAUCUUUGAAUGAUGAAGCUUAGAAACCUGUUCAUCAAAUCCAAGCUCUGCUGCUUCAAUGCACUAUACUAUACUACAUCACUGCUGUAUGAUUUUUCAUGGGGAUGCGUAUACAAUUUUUAGGUUCCCCUGAGGCCCUGAUCCCCCGUAUGUACAAAAUUCUUGGCAAUUACUUGGAUCAAUAGCGUGGAAUUUUGUAGAAUAUUCUGCAAAAUGUGCAGUGUAAUGAAACUAAAUAAGGUGAUAUUCUGUCAAACUAAGAUAAGUGGUGGGCGGUGGAGUUAUUUUCUUAAUAGAGCAUUGAGACCAUCUUCAUUGUUUGCUCUA